AAAAAAAAGAGAAAAAAAAAAGGUUGGAUCGAAUACAACUCUGGAAGCAAAAUUUAAUGAAGGUGUGAGUCACUGACAACGUAGGUUGUUGGGAAAAGAGAAGAAUCAAAUGGAGUGAAGAAGAAGAAGAAGAAGAAGAAGAAGAAGAAGAAGAAAGAAUGGUGGGGGGGAAAAGAAGGUCUUUCUUAGUGGCUCUCGCUUUUCUAAUGUUAAUGGGUAUUGCCGUUUAUUUCAGGCUUUGGGCUAUUCAUUACAAUAUUUCUUCUGAUGACACCGAGCUUUUAAGGCGACAGUUUGAUAUUGCUAACAGGGAGGCAAUGGAUGAAUCUGCUGAGUGGAGGCUAAGGUAUGAUGAGGAGGUAGAUAGGGGAAAAAAGUGUUUACAGCAACUUCAAAAGUUUCAGGAGUCCUCUCAGAAGGGGGAGGAUGCUUCUGGCAUUAACCAUAAACUGGCAAUACUGCAAAAGGAGAAUGGGGUCUUGCUUGAAAGGGUGGAAACAUUAAAAAGAGAGCUUGAAGAGGAAAAGUUGAAGUGCAGUUCACGGUACAUGAACUGAUCAUGAAAGCACUGACGUGAAGUGUAGUUUUUGUCACUUCAUUCUCAAGUGAUUUAUUCUUGAGCACAAGUAUUUCAAACAUAUUUGCAGCAUACAACUUUCACCUUAGAGACAUGGGCCGUCAAGGAAAUGGUACAUGAGUCAUACUAAUCAGUUCCCCCCUUUUUGGGAGUUUACGUUAUCCAUUGUACUUAAUUAUGGAAAAACCAUUUUUUUUAAUCUCUGGAUGUGCCUGAUAAGUUACUUUCUUUAAAGAAGAAAGGGUUACCCUUAUCCUCUGUAUUGUGUAUAAUGAAUGGGCGCAUCUAGCUAAUACAGCUUGCAUUUGGUUAAUUAACAUUUACACUUUUUAUUGACUAAUAUGAUGCCCUAUAAUAAAAUUCAGAACUUGC